UCAUUCCGGCGUACGAACGGUACAUCGUCCUAUCUCUUUUCUUUAAUUUUAACUUCAGUUCUCUGACCAUCGUGUUCUUGAUCGCACACGGCACGGGGGAUCACGUUCGGCUUUUGUUUUAAAAUUGAGUAGUUAAAUCCAGCCCGUAGCUAGUGCGAUAAUUUUGUCAUUUCGUAAGGUGCGAAUCAAAUAAUCAAUGGCUCCAGGUGGAUAUGGUACAAUCGGCAGCAAUCGGAAGCGUUUGCUAGAUGCGGAGGAACGGGAGACGAAACUCCGUCCGGAAAGUGCAAUCGCACCGACAAGCAACUCUCCAGCACCUGAUAAACCUGUAACGAUGGCGGAAGCUUCGAAAGGUGUACCGCAGCAAUCUGUACCGUCCACUGAUAGCUUGGAGGAAAGCGACGUCGACGUCAGUAGCGAAGACGAAUGGAGCAUUUUUGACAGUUCUGAUCCAUACAGUGAGACUGAUGACGAUACUGAAGACAGUACAGAUGAUGAAGACUAUGGAUCAAAUACGUUUGUUCAAAAACUUCGUGCUUGGGCCAUUUCUACCAACCAGAGACGGUUUGCACUAAACUCACUGCUAGCCUUGCUGCGGAAGGAAACAAACUUGAAGGUGCCGAAAAAUGCCCGAACGCUGCUGAAAGUGCCACCCAAGCCGAGUACGUAACAAAUUGAUCCGACCAGGCCAUUGUUACUGCUGCUGCUUAGCUUCGCGUUUUUUUAAGGAAGCAGAAUCCAAACCAUGCGCUACUUUGGUUGUAUUUUCUUCAUUGGUGGGUCUGCUCCUGUACAGUGUAGCGGCAAGCCCUCUACUGUGGCCUAGUUGCAUGUGAGUACCAAGCAAUGGUUUUUGUCCUAAACGCUUCUGUAUUAGAACUUAAUCGCUGGAUGUCUGGUGCAAAUCCAGAUAAAACAAAGAAGUUUCAAUUUUGAUUACGCGACAUGAUUGCUAACACAAUAGAAGGACACUAAAAGAAAUAGAAGAAAACACUAGAAUUAAACUAAAAGAAAUGAAAAUGGACGGGAAUUGUACUGGUAAUGGUCUAAUCAAAAUAAAAUGACAUAAUACAGAAAAAAUAAUCUUUUACUACGA